AUGAAUUCAUCGAUGACUUCAACAACUUCUGUAGGAGAGGAACGUGUAACUUUUCGACACAAUUUCAACUUUGAGAUCUCUCCCACCGGCCACCGCCUUAGCUUCAUUGAUAGACGAGAAACGAGCUUCGUCACGAUUCACGGGAUGGCUAUUUAUGAGUGGAUGAUCGCUUGGGGACCGGAGCAAGCGUUCAAUUGGCGUCGCAAUCUCUCGCGGAAGAGCAUUUUAGAGCUGACCAUCCCAUCGUUCACACUCUCAGAUCGACUUCCGCACCCGAUUGAAGCCACCUUUCAUCUUAGCAUACACGAUGAAGACGACAACGAGGUCUGCCCACUCGUCUCUCAAACUGUGCUGCCGCAAAAUGUGGAUAGUGAUCCGAAGUUUCGAUUAGAUAGCGACUCGUUGAUUGUAUCAAGGAUAUUGUGGGCACGGGAUCAAUUGGCUCGGCUGAAUGGAAUUAAUCGCCGUUGGACUUGCUACCUAUGCACUAUGUUGCAAUUGGAGGCUAGCGACUUCGCUUUGUCGACGAAUUGGGGAAACCCGGCUCCACCACCACCGAAUCCACUCGAUUUCCGCUUUGGUUCCAUCGUUGACAGAUCUCGUCACGAUAUCACCAUUGUAUGCUUGAACGGACGAGUUAGCGCUUCAAAGGAGGCCCUCUUCCAUGCAUCGACUUACUUCAGAGGAAAACUUCUGCGGCCGGAGGCGUCACUUGAGAUAUACGAGCAUGCAACGCGUUUGGUGGUUGAAGAGUUGAUCACUUACAUGUUGACGGAGACUUACGCCCACGAAGGUCCGAUGAGCACUCGACACGCCGACGAACUCCUUCAGCUUAUAGAGAGGUAUCAUCCAAUCAAGAAGGGCAGUCUAGUCACGUCGAUCGAGCAACAUCUUCUUGUACAAGUUGAUCAGAAGCGAACCGAUCUCCCGUUUUUGCUGAGGUGUUUCCUGCUCGCUUUGAAGAAUGGGCUUGAUCGAUUGGCGGUGGCGGUGGGUGCGAUCGUCUAUGAGUUGCAUUUCAACGAUUACAUGCUCGACUACGGUGCUGCGACGGAGUUGAAUCGCCGCAAUCAUCCCCUCAUCAAUGAUCUUCAGUCACGAGGCGGCCUUUUCCGACCAUCAGCACAUAUCAAGUUGACCAGCCUUCACCCAUUGACCCGUGACGUGCAAAUCAUUAGCAAAGAGCUU